UUUGAUGUCAAAAAGUUACAGAGCGUCCUUAACAUUCGUAUUAGUAACGUAUCAAAAUAUUUAAAAAAUCUGCAAUCAUCCAUUCGAUACCUGUGAUUUUUGUGUUACCUCUAAACAAAUCGUGAAUCUAACUUUUCAUAAUGUCUAUCGGGGUGCCAAUUAAAGUUCUGCACGAAGCUGAAGGUCAUAUAGUAACUUGUGAGACGAUCACCGGCGAAGUAUACAGAGGAAAACUCAUAGAAGCCGAGGAUAAUAUGAAUUGCCAGAUGACUCAGAUAACUGUAACCUACAGGGACGGAAGGGUGGCACAGCUCGAGAACGUUUACAUAAGGGGCUCGAAAAUUAGGUUUCUAAUUCUACCGGAUAUGUUGAAAAAUGCUCCGAUGUUUAAGAAACAAACCAAAGCAGGAACGGCGGGUAGAGGCAAAUCUGCAAUACUUCGAGCGCAAGCUCGGGGAAGAGGAAGAGGUCAAACGCCACCGGUGAGAGGUGGAAGGGGCGGAGCUUGGCAGAACCAACAGGGUGCCCCGACAGGGCGGGGAAGAUAAGAAAAACAUUUUUUAUUAAGACUAUGUACAUAUUUAUUAAGAAUUUGUCAUCGAAACCAAUCGAGUGUUGUGUCCGGUUUUGCGUAUCAAUUUCCAACAACUACAGUUGUCGAGAUAUUUAUAGGCUAGUUUAAUGAUGUAUUUAAGAUAAAAAAAAGUUUUUAUUAGGUACCAUUAAAUUACUUUAUUUCGA